CCCAGGACUCAUCUCUCCUUCUUCUCGCUUUAAGAUGGGAAAUGCCUCUGAAACCUCAUUAAUUUCCAAGAUAUCUAAAGAACACGACUUUCUUUUAGGGAUGAUCUACACCAUCCUUGGAGUCUUCUCUCUGAUGGGGAACACUGUCUUGCUCUUCGUGGCCUAUCAGAAGAAGUCGUCUCUCAAACCAGCAGAGUUUUUCAUUGUAAAUCUCUCCAUCAGUGACCUGGGCAUGACCAUCUCUCUUUUCCCCUUCGCUAUUGCCUCUGCUUUCUCUCACAGAUGGCUCUUUAAUGAAUCAGUGUGUGUGUGUUACGCCUUCUGUGGUGUACUCUUUGGCCUCUGCAGUCUCAGUAAUCUCACCGUCCUGUCGUCCGUCUGCUGGUUUAAAGUCUGCUGUCCAAACUACGGGAGCAGGUUCUCCUCGUCCCAUGCCAUGUUGUUGGUGCUCGGGGUGUGGUGCUACUCCACCAUCUUUGCCAUAGGUCCUCUAUCAGGCUGGGGUCAGUACAGCUACGAGCCGUACGGCACGGCCUGCUGCAUCGACUGGUUCGCUCCUCAUCACAGCCUCCUCGCCAUGUCCUACAUCAUAUGUCUCUUCUUCUUCUGCUACAUCGUGCCUUGCACCAUCAUCUUCUUGUCCUAUGCCUUCAUCCUGGUGACGGUGCGCGGCUCUCGGCAGGCUCUCCAGCAGCACGUGUCUCCACAGAACAAGAUCAUGGACGCUCAAUCUCGCGUCAUCAAGCUCUCUGUAGCCGUAUGUGUCGGCUUCCUACUAGCGUGGAGUCCGUACGCUGCUGUAUCCAUGUGGGCGGCCUUUGUGAAUCCGGACGCGGUUCCUCCGAUAGUGUUUGCUGCGGCGGCGGUGUUUGCUAAAUCCUCCACCCUUUACAACCCGCUGGUCUACCUGGGCUUCAAGCCUAACUUCCGCAGGUCCCUUCACAGACGGACCAUGUGCUCGUGCCUGCGCCGGCCAGAGACAGUGCGGAAAAACGCAGACAGGGAAAACUGCCAUUCCGCUCAUAACUCUAGCGGACCUCAGAAAAGCCAGAGAACUUGCAGGACCUGCCUGGACCACACGUCUUGUCACAGCUUGGACAUCACACCUCACAGAACAGUCCUGAUCCUGACCGGCUGCACACACAGCAAGGUCGCAGUCAGUCAGCUGUCCAGUGAAAUCCACAGUGACUUCCUUUAG